AUGACAGCGCUUGCAGGAGGUUUACCGAGAAUGAUGCGACCAACUCCACACCAAAACUACCCGCGGGGAGGCUACUCUCUGGAAGUUUCCACUCCGCUAGGACAGGGUCGGGUCAACCAGCUCGGUGGGGUCUUCAUAAACGGCAGACCUCUCCCCAACCAUAUCCGCCAUAAAAUAGUGGAGAUGGCCCAUCACGGCAUCCGGCCGUGUGUCAUCUCCCGUCAGCUCCGAGUGUCCCACGGCUGCGUCUCCAAAAUCCUCUGCCGGUACCAGGAGACAGGCUCCAUCAGGCCGGGAGCCAUCGGAGGCAGCAAGCCAAAGCAGACAACAACUCCAGACGUGGACAAGAAAAUCGAGGAGUAUAAGAGAGAAAACCCGGGGAUGUUCAGCUGGGAAAUUAGGGACAAAUUACUGAAAGAUGGGAUCUGCGACAGGAACAACGUUCCCUCAGUGAGCGCAAUCAGUCGCAUCAUGCGGUCUAAAUUCGGGGGAGUAGGUGAGGAUGAGGAGGAUGAUGAUGAAGUCGAGAAGAGGGAGAUGGAGGAGAACGAACGGCGAGCGAAGCACAGCAUCGAUGGCAUUCUGGGAGACAGAUCCAGCCACUCAGACGAGGGCUCAGAUGUGGACUCAGAGCCAGGCCUGCCACUGAAGAGGAAGCAGCGCCGCAGCCGGACCACUUUCACUGCAGAGCAACUGGAAGAGCUGGAGAGGGCCUUUGAACGCACACACUACCCCGACAUCUACACACGAGAGGAGCUGGCUCAGAGGGCCAAACUUACAGAGGCCCGUGUACAGGUGUGGUUCAGUAACAGGAGAGCCCGCUGGAGGAAACAAGCAGGAGCCAAUCAGCUGAUGGCGUUUAACCACUUGAUCCCUGGCGGUUUCCCUCCAUCAGCCAUGUCAGGCCUGCAGCCGUAUCAGCUCUCCGAGAGCCCCUACCCCCCCACAUCUAUAGCUCAAGCAUCGGAGCAGCCCAGUACAGUCCACCGACCGCAGCCUCUGCCCCCCACCUCGGUGCACCAGAGUGGUCUUGGUUCGUCAACAGGGUCCCAGGAUGGUGGCUCAGCAUACUGCUUGUCGUCGGGACGCCACGGCUUUUCCAGCUACUCCGACAGUUUUGUAGCCCCGACAGGACACUCAAACACUGUCAACCCGACCAUCAGCAACGGCCUCUCACCACAGGUGAUGGGCCUGCUGAACCCAGGAGGAGUGCCACAUCAGCCCCAGAGUGACUUUGCCCUCUCCCCUCUGACUGGAGGCCUGGAGCCCAAUGGAGGCAUGGCUGCCAGCUGUCAUGGUUCCCAGCGCCUGGAGGCCCUACCAGGCCUGACCAGUAUGCCCACCCUGCCUAGCUCCCAGUCUUACUGCCCGCCCACCUACAGCUCCUCAGCAUACGCUGUGGACCACCAUCCAUCCUACCAGUACGGACAGUACAGUCAGAGUGCCUUUCAUUAUAUGAAGCCCUAG